AUGCUGGCAAGUCCUCAACAGGCCACUCCAUUUUCGGUCAAAGACAUUCUCAACCUGUCUGAUCAGGCGGGGUUCGACCAGGCUCUGUUGUUCCAUGCGCAGAGCUUGGAGAAACUGUUCGAUGACGGCAUGGACGCGUUCUACAUGGGGAGCACGGCAGGUUCCAUGGUCCCUCCAAGUUCGCCCACACCUUCAUACAUGUUUGGUGAAUUCGUCAAGCAGAAUUACCAGCAGCAAGCUGCACCCCUAACCAGUCCACACGUCCAGAGUCUCUCUCACCUGUGUCCACCUUUCCCAAGCACUAGUCCUGGUUUGCUGAGCGGAUACAACUCAGGAGGAGAUUACAAUGAACUGGCAUACAACGGCAGCGUUCUCAGGCAAAAUCAUCACACCGUCGUGUGUUCUACAGAUGAAAUUGAAGAUAAAAAACCAAUCAUACUGCAAACCACCGGCUACAUCCCAACCAGCAACACGCCCACACACCUCUCGCCGAUAGAGCAGCCGACGGCGAGCCGCAACCUGGCGGCGAGCGGCGGCAAGUCGUCCGGGGAUUCCGGCAUCGGAUCGACGACCGGCCGGCCCCAGCGCACGCGCCGCAAGCCCCGUGUCCUCUUCUCGCAGGCGCAGGUGUACGAGCUCGAGAGGAGGUUUAAGCAGCAGCGGUAUCUCUCGGCGCCCGAGCGGGAACAGCUGGCCAAUGUACUCAAACUGACCUCUACACAGGUAAAAAUAUGGUUCCAGAAUCGACGAUAUAAGUGCAAAAGACAACGGCAAGACAAGACUUUGGAGCUGACAGCCGCAAACUUGCACCAAACAGCAAGACGCGUUGCAGUACCUGUAUUAGUUCGGGAUGGAAGGCCUUGUCCACCGGCUUACGCAACUGUGCCCACAGCAGGAGGAACUGCCAGCUAUUACGCGACACCAAAUGCAACUGUAUCAACUACCUGCUCAUCUUAUCCAUCAGCAUAUACCCAAAUGCCCAAUGUGCAACAAACUACAGCAGCAAAUACAGCCGUCACUAAUGGAAGUGUAGUCUACAGCAAUUUGCAACAAUUGCAUUCCUCACCAGGACUGUCGGCUUGGUGA